GAGAGAUCUUCCACGGUUGGCCAACAUACCAAAUUUUCCUUGUCCAUUUGCGAUCUCAUUGCUGUAACUGUAACUGUAACUCAGAUAUUCUUCACCUAACAUAUCAUUGAAGUAGUGAAAAGAAAGAGAAAAAGAGUUGAUAAUAAGGCCUACAGUCAUUAACUUUCUCUGAUUAGUGGCAAAAGGCACUUUCACUUCCUCUUGUUUACGAAAGACCGGAGAGCUUUUGCAACCAUUUGAUCUUUUCAUAUCUGUUCAGGCAUGGUGAGGAGAAUGUUAAGCUCUAUUUCUUCAGGUGGUUUGAAUGCAGAAGCCGAGGCCGAGGAAGCUACUCGCUUCCAGAAUGCCCUCCUGGAACUAAAAGGCUUGCGUUCCCAGCUUCAUCAAGCGGCAGACUACUGUGAAACAACGUUCUUGAAAACUAAAGAGAAGAAUGAAGUGGUGGAAAACACCAAAGAGUACGUAUGCAGGGCCAUGGUAACUGUGGUUGAUCAUCUUGGAAAUGUCACUUCCAAUUUAGAGAGCUGUAUUUCUCAAACUAAUGCCUUCAACGAGGUCGAGCUUCGAUUAAACUGCUUAAACCAAAGACUCCUCUCCUGUGCACAGUAUGCUCAAAAGCUUGAACUAUCCCGACUACGUUGGAGUGAAAUCCUGCCCAGGUAUCAUCCCCGCUAUGUCUCUCCCGUUGGCAAAAAUAUGGAGCAAUUAACUCGAAGUUCGAGUAUCAACCAGUGGAGGGACACGAAAGACCUUCCGUUUGCAAACACUGUUAAUAACUGCAAGCCAGACAUUUUUACAGAGAAGUCAAUGCCAGUUCUGUUGUACAAAUUCUACUCUUACAAUCUAUCUCCUUACAAAAACUUGAGUCGUAGAUUCACUUCAAAGAAAGAUGACAAGGAAAAAACAUUAGGUAUACUUCAAAAAGCAAUAUCAUCAGCUGGUGACCAUGGGUUUUCAUUCCGAUCAAAAGGUCCAAAUUCUACAUUUUAUUUUCAGGUUUCUAAUCAGAAGCGUGGAAGCCAUAGAAAAUCAAAACUUGGAAGUGAUAUAUUUUCCCUUCUAAAGCGAACUAAACAAGUAGCUUAACAAAACAUAAGCUGUGAGAGUGGUUUAUUUUAGUGAUUGUAUGAUUAAAUGUGUUCAAUCGCUGGCUUAAAUUUUUUUUUUGGAGAAUUGAUGGUUUAAUAUGGUUUCAGAGCAGGUGGAGUAUUAGUGAUAUAUAAUUAAAUUUGUUCUUAA